GGGAAUGUCCUCUGUCAAGGAUGCUGCAGUACAACAGCUCCAAGGCGGAAAUAGUAAAACCCCUUCUUCCUGUAAAUCAACUAGCAGCCCAGGUAACUACAGAGCACAGGAGAAAGGGAGAAAACCCAUGGACAAUGCUAUCGCAGCUGAAUUUUAAAAAGCUUUGGAAACAGAUGUUCUACAGCCACAAAAAGCUCUGCUCCACACAGCAUGGACUGUGUGAGUAAGCAGAAAGCUGUACGUGCCAGCUAAGCAAAGACUAAGGACUAUAUAAAUGUGCCACAACUCAAAAGUAGUAGGACAUUUUGGGUACACCUUCUCAAAAGACAAUUCUGGUGACCCUCACUCAAGAAAGACAUUGAAAAUUAUGUUUCCAGCUACCCCAUCUGUGCUUCAGCCAAAUGGAGGCAAGGAAAAUUGCCUGGGCUACUCCAAACAAUAGCUGAACCAUGGAUUUUAUUGCGGAGCUCCCCCAAAACUUGGGAAACACUGUAAUUGAGUCAUCACCAACUUAUUCUCUAAGCAAGUCUACUUCAUCCCUUGCCAGAAAAUUCCCACAGCUAAAGCAUUGGCAAAGAUGUUCCUACAUUACAUUUACCACCUACAAAGGGCCCCACAAUGCAUUAUUUCAGACAGAGGGAUCCACAUCAAAGUUCUGGAGAGCUUUUCUGGACCUCUUAGGAACCAACCAAAGACUAAAUUCUAGUCACCGUCCUCAGACAAAUAGCAGGACUAAACAAUCGAACACAGUACUGGAACAAUACCUGCAUUGUUUUAUUAACUACCAACAAGAUGAUUGGACGGAUCUCUUGCCAGUUGCUGGAAGUAGCUUAUAAUAAUGCUGUGCACAGCAGCACAGGCUUCAUGCUGUUUCAAGUGGCAACUGGGCAAGAUUUUUAACUGAUGCCUGAAUUACCAGCCCAGGAAUCCAUAUUUCCUCUUUAAAGGAGUGGAUUAAUCAAUUGAAAAACAUGUGGCCAGCAGUGGGUAAUGCUUUAGCAGAUGCCCAGGCAGCUUACAAAGUCCAGGCUGACAAAAGAAAUGUAGAACCGAACUCAUUCCACAUUAGGGACCAUGUAUACCUGUCCACCCGGUUCCCACACAUAGCGGCCCUAUGUGGAUUGUUGAAGCAAUGCACGAAGAUGUGCCAUACAGAUCAAAGAGAGUGCAAGUGGGUGCACAAGAGAUGCCAAAGGGGUCAGGAAGAGUCUACAAAUGUGCAAAUGUGCGCGAGAACCACAAAAUAGGGAGGAUGUAUGUAACAGGCUCCAUGCGCUGAGUUGCAUGAGGUGCCAGGAUCCGUUUUUUAUGAACCCAUGUUGAUCACAGAUUAUAACCUUGUUUGCUUCUCAGUGUUCACAGAUUUGCUGCUUGAUUAUCUUUUUCAAGAUCUUCCCAGUUAUUGAUGUCAUGCUGAUUAGUCUGUAAUUUCCUGAAUCUGUUUUUUUCCCCUUUUUUAAACAUGGAGACCACAUCAAUUCUUUUCCAGUCUUCAGGUAGUUCCCAGGUGAUCUAAGAACUUUGAAAGAUAUGUUUCAGUGAUUCUGAAAUCACGUCUGCCAGUUUCUUCAGAGCUUUGGGAUGUAGUCUGUCAGUACCUGGUGGUUUCAGUCCCUCUAUUACUGACAGGAACAUGGACUCCAUUUAAUCCGGCAACUGUAAGAUCUAUUUUAUCUAUGUUUGACAGAGAAAACAAAGGUGGUGUAAACUUCAAUGAAUUCACAGGAGUCUGGAAAUAUAUCUCUGAUUGGCAGAACAUUUUUCGCAGAUAUGAUAGAGACAACUCUGGAAUGAUUGACAAACAUGAAUUAAAGCAAGCCCUAACAGGUUUUGGAUACCGACUGACUGACCAGUUCUACGAUCUCUUGAUUCAGAAAUUUGACAGGCAAAGAAGAGGGCAAGUGGCUUUUGAUGACUUCAUUCAGUGCUGUGUUGUACUGCAGAAAUGGACAGAUGUCUUCAGACGCUAUGAUACUGAUCAGGACGGCUGGAUACAAGUGUCUUAUGAACAAUAUCUUUCUAUGGUUUUCACUGUUGUAUGAUGUAAAUAUUGUAUAUGAUUGCGGAAUAGAACUUGCAUACAAAUAGUCUCGACUUACAGCCAUAAUUGAGCCAAAAUUUCUGUUGCUAGGCAAGGCAGUUAUUAAGUGAGUUCCCCAUUUUUGCCUUUUUUGCAAUCAUUGAGGUUGUUAAGUGAACCCCCCACACACACUGACUUUUCUUGUCGGAAGCCAGCUGGGAAGGUUACAAAUGACCAUCACAUGACAAUGCAGCUGUCUUAAAAACAUGCCAAGUGCCCAGAUUUUGUCUCAUGACCAUGGAGAUGCUGCAAAAGUUGUAAGUUUGAAAAAUGGACAUGUCACUUUUUUCUGUGCAGCUAUAACUACGAAUAGUCACUAAACAAAUGGUUGUAAGUCAAGAAACACCUGUAAGAAAAAUAGAUUCCUUUUCUCCAUAUAACACAAUUAGUUUAGAAAUACAUUGCUUAAAGAUUCUGUUUCUCAUUGCAAAAGGUGCUAUAGCUACAAGAUUCUGCAUUGUAUCAUGUAUAUUUUAUUGCUGGAAGUAAUCUUUAAACGCGAAACAGUAGAAUUCUUGUUCAGAUUUGCACACUAUUGCAUAUAUCUUUUUAAAAUAGAAAACAGAAAAUAAAUGAAACUUUUAUCCUGUGUCUUCACAGAAAUAAUAACCUUAAAUAUGCCAGAUGUCAAGAUAACUUUUUUGUAUUUUUCUCCCAUUUAGAUUAGGUUUCAUCUGCUUGUACCAUUUAUCUUUUUUUAAAAAAAAAAAAAAAUGUUACUCUUCUUCCUGGGAUUUUUUAAUUCUGGGUAAGCAGAAUUUAAGAGAUUUAUUAUUAAAGCUAAUAUUUCUUCUUUUUCCUUAUUUUUGGGUGUAAUUAAAAUGUUUUCUGCCUUUCCUCUCUGGCUUGGAGUUAUAACUGGAUAUGAAUACACGCCUGCAGUCUUCUAUGUAUAAAAUGUUUUCUAACUAAGCAUUUUGCAACUUUGGGUGGAGUUUUACCUUCAGUAGUUACUGUGCUUAGAAUGUGCUGCCAGCCUAAAUAAUACCUUUCUACAUGCACUAAGAUCUACUCUACUCUGGAAUGGUACAUGGCCACAAAGGGCUGCAGUUUCCACCGUGUCUAAUUUACUAUUCCAUUUACUAGUUUACUAUUCUGCAUCAGGAGCCCAUCUUUUGUAUGGCAAGUAACCAUUUACUUUCUCUAUCUUAAAUCACAAAACACAAAACUUACUGAAACAAAUUUUAUUCUUUUAAAUUUCAUGGAAGAGUAUUGGUCUUGAUUUACAUGACAAAUGAAAACCCUAAAUAAUAGAACUGAUAGCCUCAUUUAAAAUAUAUUGAUAUAUAUAUUUCCAAUGGUGUUGACUUAAUGCCAUUAAAUCAAAAUUACAAAUAAAAACAGUAACUAGAA